AUGGAAUUAUUAAGUCAAGACUCUCAAUGUCCACUUUGUCCUCAAUGCAAUCAACCAAAAACUUUAUACCAUUGGUGCCCAAAACGUAGAAGAGGUCAUGGAACCAUUUAUACAGCAGUUUGGACUAAUGAGUUUGGAACCACUAAUGUUGUACUCAAACGGCUUAAUGACACUAAAGAGAUUUCCGCAAAAUUCCUCCAAGAGUUAGCAGCGUAUAUGAAGUGUAGCUCUAUUACGUCUGCGCGGAAUUAUGUCAUUAAGGCUUACGGGAUAACUAAAGAUCGAGAUACUGAAGAGUUCAUGAUGGUUACGCAACAUGCAGAAUUAGGAGACUUAAGAAACUUUUGUAACGAACAGAGUGAUUCACAAGACAAUAGAUGGUGGAGCGAAACAAUUAUUGAAAUAAUGUACGGUAUUAUUAAGGGACUUACUAUUAUUCAUCAAGAAGGAUUAGUUCACCGAGAUUUACAUUCAGGAAAUAUAUUAAUACAUGGACAAGCAUUCAGUUUUAAGAGAUAUUCAUGUAUUGGAGAUCUUGGAUUAUGCCAAGCAGAUUUAUUAGAGAAAUUUAAAGAUGAGAAAAAGAAAAUGACACAUCCUAAAGCUGUUUAUACUAGUAGAUACCUUCGGUAUCAAAAGAUUGGUGAAUACCUCGAUUUAUGGGAAUUCCAAGAUGACACUCGUGAAAAUAAAAAUCUUCUUGGGCCACAACCAUGGGUUAGAAAAGAUUUAAAAGGUGUUGAUAUGAUAGCUAUUCCAGCAGUAAUGGGAUCUCAAAAUGCUUAG